ACAUGUUGUAACCUGCUCUUCUUCCUUUCGCCACAGGUUUAAUUAAGAUAUUAACUACAACGUAUAAAGAGCAUAUUGUGGAGAUUAAUGCAGAACGAUGUAAAGAAGAUCAAAGAGGAGUCCCAAAAUGUUCGUGCCAAGUGGAAAAGUAUCGUGUUCUUGAAGUUUUCAGCAAAAUACGUGAAGGAAUCAUUGUCAACGAGCGAUGGAGGCUGGUGCGAGUACAGGUACUCGUACAACGCGAUUUAUGAUGGAAGGUGUCGGCGCCCGAGUGAUUCGUGGGCCGGAAUGGAAAUGGGGAAAACAGGAUGGCGGAGAAGGUCAUGUUGGUACUGUCAGGAACUUUGAAUCUCCAGAAGAAGUUGUGGUUGUAUGGGAUAAUGGUACAGCGGCCAAUUAUCGUUGCUCCGGAGCAUUUGACUUGCGUAUACUGGAUUCAGCACCAACUGGAGUGAAACAUGAUGGGACGAUGUGUGAUACCUGUCGCCAACAACCUAUUUUUGGGAUUCGGUGGAAGUGUGCUGAAUGUGGCAAUUAUGAUCUUUGCUCUAUCUGUUACCAUGGAGACAAGCAUCAUUUGAGACAUAGAUUUUUCCGCAUUGCUACACCAGGAAGCGAGAGGGUUUUGCUGGAACCUCGAAGAAAAAGCAAAAAGAUCGCAAUUCGUGGCAUAUUUCCUGGUGCAAGAGUUGUACGUGGCGUAGAUUGGCAGUGGGAAGAUCAAGAUGGUGGAAAUGGUCGGCGGGGUAAAGUUAAUGAAGUGCAAGAUUGGUCUGCAGCUAGUCCACGCUCAGCAGCUUAUGUUAUUUGGGAUAAUGGUGCCAAGAAUUUGUAUAGAGUUGGUUUUGAAGGAAUGGCGGAUUUGAAAGUUGUCAAUGAUGCAAAAGGACAAACGGUGUACAGAGAUCACUUGCCAUUACUAGGUGAGCAAGGUCCAGGUAGAACAGGACCUCACGGUCUCCAAAUUGGUGAUCAGGUUAAUGUCGAUUUGGAAUUGGAAAUUGUACAAUCGCUACAACAUGGCCACGGAGGUUGGACAGAUGGGAUGUUUGAGUGUCUCGGCACUACAGGAACAGUCGUUGGUAUCGACGAAGAUCAUGAUAUCGUUGUAUCUUAUCCAAGUGGCAAUCGAUGGACUUUUAAUCCGGCUGUGCUUACCAAAGUCCAGAUACCUGUGCCUGUUACUAGCUCAAGCUCCGAUAAUCAGACAUUUGCAGUUGGAGAUUUGGUUCAAAUAUGUAAUGAUAUAGAAAAGAUCAAAUUACUUCAACGUGGGCAUGGGGAAUGGGCCGAAGCAAUGGCCCCAACUUUGGGGAAAAUAGGACGAGUACAACAAAUAUAUCAUGAUGGAGACUUAAAAGUGGAAGUUUGUAGUACAUCAUGGACAUAUAAUCCCCAAGCUGUUACAAAAGUUGCCAGUAGCGACGGAAGUGUACAAGGAAAUAGUAGUGGUGAGCGGUUAUCGGCACUAUUGAAGAAAUUAUUCGAAACGCACGUCUCGGGUGAUGUUAACGAAGAAUUAGUAAAAACUGCAGCAAAUGGCGACGCUGCUAAAUGCGAAGAAUGCUUGAAACGGCCAGAAGCCGAUGUGAACGGUGUAUUCGCUGGUCAUACCGCUUUACAAGCAGCAAGUCAAAACGGUCACCUAGAAGUAAUCAAAAUACUCCUCCGGUAUAAAGCGGAUGUAGAGAUAGAGGAUAAGGAUGGUGAUCGAGCCGUCCAUCAUGCCGCUUUUGGUGACGAGCCGGGAGUUAUGGCACUUCUCGCUGGUGCCGGAGCCGAUCUAAACGCUCGAAAUAAAAGACGUCAAACUGCUCUUCAUAUUGCAGUGAAUAAAGGACACGCUGGCGUAGUGCGAACCUUGUUGGAGCUAGGAUGUCAUCCGAGUUUACAGGACUCGGAAGGCGACACACCCCUUCACGACGCGAUCUCUAAGAAACGGGAUGACAUGUUGGCUCUGUUGUUGGACCAUGCCGCAGACAUCACCCUCACCAACAACAAUGGCUUCAACGCUCUGCACCACGCUGCUCUUCGUGGCAACCCAAGCGCGAUGCGAGUGCUGCUGUCGAAGUUGCCGCGGCCUUGGAUCGUCGACGAGAAGAAGGACGACGGUUACACGGCCCUUCAUCUGGCAGCCCUGAACAACCACGUGGAAGUGGCCGAGCAGCUGGCACGCGCCGGGAAAGCCGACCUGGACCUGCAGAAUGUGAACCUGCAGACCGCGCUGCACCUCGCAGUCGAGCGACAGCACACGCAGAUCGUUCGGUUGUUGGUUCGCGAGGGCGCGAAUCUGAACGUCGCCGAUAAGGAUGGGGACACACCUCUACACGAGGCAUUGCGCCAUCAUACGUUGUCGCAGCUGCGACAGCUGCAAGAUGUGCAGGACGUCGGACGGUUGCUGAUGGGCUUAGGCACCCAGGGCCAGGACAAGAAGAGCAGCUCCUUCAUCGCUUGUUUCUUAGCUGCCCACGGAGCCGAUCUGGAGCUGAAAAACAAGAAGGGCCAAACGCCUUUGGACCUUUGUCCGGACCCGAACCUCUGCAAGACCCUUACCACCUGCCAUAAGGACAAGGAGUCACACGACAUCGAGACCGCCGCACCGUCAGCGGCGAUCGACGAGUGCCUCGUGUGCUCGGACAGCAAGCGAGAAAUGCUUUUCAGCCCCUGCGGACACGUGGCCUGUUGCAACGCGUGUGCGCCAAGAGUGAAAAAGUGUCUCAUCUGCCGAGAAAACGUCCUUUUACGUGUGAAGAUCGAAGAAUGCGUGGUGUGUUCGGAUCGCAAGGCAGACGUCUUGUUCCGUCCAUGCGGACACAUGUGCGCCUGCGAGAGCUGCGCGACCCUGAUGAAGAAGUGUGUGCAGUGUCGGGCCCAGAUACAGCACAUGGUACCGCUGUCGGUCUGCUGCGGCGGUGGAGGCGAUGUUACUUACGUGAAAGGAUGCAACGCCUCAGGAACGAUAUCCGAUGUGAAGGCGGAUCCCGAGGAGGAGCCGGUACCGUCCAACACCGGGGUCGGCGAAGCUCUUUUAAUGAACAACGGCAGCCGAGAUACUUCCCACAGCGACAUACAAAAACUCCAGCAGCAAUUGCAGGACAUCAAGGAGCAGACUAUGUGCCCGGUUUGCUUGGAUCGUCUAAAAAACAUGAUCUUCCUGUGCGGACACGGUACCUGCCAAAUGUGCGGCGACCGGAUGUCGGAAUGUCCGAUAUGUCGCAAGGCGGUCGACAAGCGCAUUUUGCUCUACUAAAAAUAAAGGACCGCCGGGUCGCUGCUUGCGCGCUGGAUUUUCCGCCAGUGAUUAUGAGAGAGGGCGAAUUAAACCCAUUGCGACAUUUCGCAGCUGCGAAAAAAGGGCUACUAUCGUUCCUUCAUACCGCGUUUAAUUCCGACAACGGCGUCCUGACGAGUUGAUUUGCGCGAAGUGCGAUAUGCGUCGCGUUAAAUGUAAAAAAAAAAAUGUCAUAAUCAUAAGUAUUAAUCGUAAAUAUUAAUUAUAGAAUCAACAAUAAUCUUCGAGCUGCGAUGGUCGGUAAGACGAUGAAACGUAUAUGGUGACUGGAACUGGUAUCAAGUGACGAUUAGCCGUAUCGAAUGCAAAAUGCGCACAAUUAUUAUUUAAUAUUCGCAUUUGUGGCAAGAGAAAGGGAAAGAGAUGGAGGAACUUGUUUUACACAAUUAUACAUUACAUUAUACAUUACUCUGUUAGGAAGCUGCGUCAUGUAUGACACAAUUGUAACUACAACGCAUUUCCAAUCUAAAGUUUACGAAGAUUUUAUUUAUCGUUCAUGAGAACGCAUCGCUGUCCUUCCGUAUAAUUGAAGAGCGAGAAAAGCUUAUAUCGCGCCACUCACAUUAGACAUUAAGGAGUUCUUCCAUAUAUUUAUUACUCAUAUACACACACACACACACACACAUGUGUGUGUGGAGAGGGGUUUUUAUA